UCCCGGACCUCUCCCGGUGUGGGGUGUGAUGACGUAGUGCCAGUAUGAGAUAUGAUGGAGAAGCUUUGGACCAGCCUGUCGGAGGUGUCUUGGAGCUCCGUGUCGGUUCCGUUAGAUGCUGUGGUCAGUAAGGUCCGCUUGCCCUGUCUGGUCCGCCUGGCGCCUGGGGAGUGUGUAGAUGGUCUGUGUCAGGAUGAUAUGGUGGUGCUCCACUCGUGUCGUCAGUGGACCACCGUCACCGCUCUCUCUCUGGAAGAAGGACACUACGUCAUCGGACCCAAGAUAGACAUUCCUCUACAGUACCAGGGUAGGUUCCGUCUGAUAGAUGAAGACAGAGACGUUAGGGACCCCAUCCAGUAUUUCUCCUCGGUGGAGGAAGUGGCCGGAAUGUUCCCUGACCGCGUCUUCGCCAUGGAAACUAUCAGCUUCACUGUCAAGGUUCUGUCAGGGGAGUUCAGUGAGGACAGUGAGUCGUACAGUGUGGUGCUGCAGCCUGGUGAUGAGCUGUCACUCACGGGAAAGGCAGAGUUUCUCACAGCCACGCCCACCACGGAGAAGACUGGACUGAGCGCGCUCCUGAGACGCCUGGGGAAGACCCCCCGCAGUAAAACUCCAUGUCUGGUGUGUAUGAACCAUCGGACCAAUCAGAGCAUCUCUCUGCCCUUCGCCUGCCGAGGACGGUUCUGCACGCGCUCCCCUCUGGAGCAGGGCAUGCUGGGAGCUGACCACACGGUGCGCAGCAUCAUCGAAAGGGUCCGACUUCCUGUUAAUGUUACCGUGCCGACCAGACCACCACGGAACCCCUACGACCGCCACGGAGUACAGGAGGGGACUAAGUACACACCCCUGAACAUUGUCAGUAAGACAGUGGUGUUGUGUCUCGUCCUACGGCCAAUACAACUGGUUCCCUCCCACUUCCUGUUGUUACGCUGCAUGCCGCGCUUCUCUGUGGCUACGCCCUCAGCAACGACAGACAGCCUGUUGCUACGGCAACAGGCCAGCUUCGACCCUGAUGGGUACAGCCGAGCCGUCCGUGAGACGCGUCCAGAACUCAGCGAGGAGAGAGUGUGUGUGAGCGAGGACGGUGUGUGUGUGAGCCCGCGGAGGGGAGGUGUGUGUGUGUCAGCGCAGGACUCUCAGCUGCUGUCCGUGUGUGUGUUCGCUGGGGGCGGAGUUACAGACAACGUCAGCCAAUCGCAACGCUGCAGAGACUCUCUAGGGGAGGGGACAGAGUACCUCUCUCCCAAUUGGACAGAGGCUGAGCUGCAGACCAGUGAAGAGAUCCCCUACGAGGAACUGUGGACCAAUCAGACUGCAGAGGGCCUGGGGAAGGCAGAGCCAAACCGCAUCUCCGUCCAUUCCUCUUCCUCUUUGGAUGGAUUGCUGGGGACUACCCGCCUCGCCAUGGUGACAAGAGUAUCAACCCCGCCCCCUGUACCUCCAAAAUCAGACGCAGUGAGAGAAGAGUGCAGGUUCCUGAUCGCUCCUCCAGUUCCUCCUCGAUGCUGUAAAGGAGACUCCUCCCCUUCCUGUCCAAGCCCCACCCCCAGUCCACCGGUCCCGCCCCGCUUCCCUCAGACACAUCUCUCCUAUUACUCUUCUGGACCACCCAACAGUUGUUCUGUCUCUCCUCCAGACUCGUCUAUCUACUGUUAUCCAUGUUCCUGGACUGACCCCUCCCACAUCAGCCCUGAGCCAAUCCCUGCUCUCCCUGCUGACAUCUUGGCCAAUCCCCAGCCAGCGCAGGCCACCUGGGUGGAGCCGUGGAGCUAUAAUUCCUCCUCCUUCUCUCGGCUGAGGCUUCCGCCCCCUCAGAGUCGAUUCGCUCCCUUCGGAGCACUUAACCCCUUUAACCGCCCUAGUCCCUCCCCCUGCCCUUCCCCAGAGCCUAUACCAGCCAAUCAGACAGCAGAGCUCUCCAGAGGCGCCGAGGGAGGUGGGACAUGCGAGGGGUCGACUCCGCCUAGUGACCCUGCCUGGCGCCCGCCCACUGACCUGUCUGCCCUCUCAUUGGAGGAGGUGUCUGCCAGUCUGAGGUUCAUUGGCUUAUCAGAGGCAGCGGUGGGCGUGUUCCAGAGAGAGCGCGUUGACGGUAGCCUCCUGGUUCAGCUCGACGAGGAGACCCUGUCACAUGACUUCCAUCUCAGCCGAUUGCACGUCACCAAGAUCACACAGUUCGUACAGGGCUGGAGGCCCAAGAUUUAACACCUAUUGUGACAAGGUGUUUAUCACAACAUUGGAGGCUGCUGAUUGGAGGACGGCUCAUAAAAAUGGCUGGAAUGGAAACCGUGUGUUUGAUGUACUUGGUAGCAUUCCACUCCAGCCUUUACCACGAGCCCAUCCUCCCCGAUUACGGUGCCACCAACCUCCUGUGCGAUCAACCUUCUUAUUGGUUGAAUCAGAUGCUGUGUACCUUCCGAUUGGAUGAACCGGAAGGUGUGCCUUCGCUAUUCUUCUUGGGGCGGCAGGGUGGUUAGAGCAUUGGACUAGUAACCGGAAGGGUUGCAAGUUCAAAUCCCCGAGCUGACAAGGUACAAAUCUGUCGUUCUGCCCCUGAACAGGCAGUUAACCCACUGUUCCUAGGCCGUCAUUGAAAAUAAGAAUUAACUGACUUGCCUAGUUAAAUAAAGGUAAAAAUAAAAAUUGAUUGGAGGAGGAGAGAUAGGGACUCUAUACUGCCACUUGGAGGAUGAUUAGUGAAGUGUGCAGAGCAUUUAAAUCUCCAUAUUUCAAGGUGAACAUGUAUCCCCCUGCUGGCCAGUCAACCUAUUACAGAAAGCCUUUGGUUUGUGGAGAACAAGUUUAAGGUCUCGAUUCAAUCAGAUCGUUGGAAUCAUCAAAUCGGUGACAAGCUGCCCUUGCGAUCAUUAACCCUUCCUUGAGUGAAUUAAGAAGGAAUGGCGAUGUAAUUUGUAGCGAAAUGUGGUUUUUCCAUUCAAAUAAUAAUUACUGUGUUCUAAACACGACGUAAUAAAGGAACUUGUGUUAUAAGAUAAGUCAGACGGGAGAGUUUGAGUGAUGAAGUUGGACAGAGAAUCAACAUCUCUCCGCAAGAAACACUUGGAUGAACUGUAAAAACACAUAUAUUCUGUCAAUUGAGCCUUAUUCUCUGCCAGAUGUCAUACAAACUGUUAUAUGUGGAUAAUAGCUUUAGCUAGGCCUGUCUGUAUGAUUGACUUGUCAUUUCAAUAGGCCUAGGCUACUAAAUACAAUCUGGGUUUAUGAUUGUAGUUAAACUUUGCCAUGGUUUGCUUAGCUAGAUGCAGGUAGCCUAUAACUCCUGAUAGGCCUGUUAGAUAGGCUACAGUAGGCUAGGCAAGAUGUAAAAUGAACAAUUUACUACGGUAGCUUGCUUAGUUCAAAUUGACAGACUCAUUUAUUGAAUCUGAAUAGCGAGGAGAUUUCUGUAAAAAGUGUUUGUGUUGCCCAAUAGCCUGGAUUUGACAGCUCUAACGCAGUUCUACCUUAGAACACCUCAAAAUAAUCGCUAUGCGGAUCUGAUUGAAUCCAGCCCUAAGGUCUUUGAUAGGCUGAUUAGGAAUUUGUUCCAGGAAAUAAUCUGCCACCUGGUAAGGUUUGCAAAGGGCUAAUGUGUGCCAGGUUAUCUGAUGGGACCAGCUACAAGUUAGCAUUCUGUCACAUGACACUACAUCAACCAUUUUAAUUGGCUGAUGCUUAAACUUAACCUUGAACUUAAACUUUUUCUAAUGUUUGCCAGUAUGGGCCCAUGGUGUUUGUUAUGCAACGUUUUGGAUCCUUCACAUAGAAAUAGCCUUUGUAGACCAAAUAUGUCUUUGACGUGUAGAAUAAGGAAUAACAUCAACUCUGUUCAUGGCAUUUCUAUCUGCAACUGAACGGGCCCUGCAGUAACUACAAACUGUAGAGUUAACUAACCUCUGGUUGUGGCCCUGCAGUAACUACAAACUGUAGAGUUAACUAACCUCUGGUUGUGGCCCUGCAGUAACUACAAACUGUAGAGUUAACUAACCUCUGGUUGUGGCCCUGCAGUAACUACAAACUGUAGAGUUAACUAACCUCUGGUUGUGGCCCUGCAGUAACUACAAACUGUAGAGUUAACUAACCUCUGGCUGCUACAGGGGGUUGCUAUGGUGAUUUGCUAUGGUGAGGGCUAGUGUUGGUCUCUUUACUGAUGAUGAUGAUGGUGUUUAACCAGGGUUUGUAGUGAUGAGGAUGUUUAACCAGGGUUUGUAGUGAUGAGGAUGUUUAACGAGGGUUUGUAGUGAUGAUGGUGUUUAACCAGGGUUUGUAGUGAUGAUGGUGUUUAACCAGGGUUUGUAGUGAUGAGGAUGUUUAACCAGGGUUUGUAGUGAUGAGGAUGUUAAAGGUGUUCUUAUAAAAUUAUAAUUUAAGAUGGCUUCAACAUUAAAUAGCUGAGUACAUGUUGCAUAGAACACCUUAAAACAUAAUGUCUAAUGAGGUCUGAUCACCUUGAAACAUAAUGUUUAAUGAGGUCUGAUCACCUUGAAACAUAAUGUCUAAUGAGGUCUGAUCACCUUUAAAACAUAAUGUCUAAUGAGGUCUGAACACCUUAAAACAUAAUGUCUACUGAGGUCUGAUCACCUUGAAACAUAAUGUCUAAUGAGGUCUGAACACCUUAAAACAUAAUGUCUAAUGAGGUCUGAUCACCUUUAAAACAUAAUGUCUAAUGAGGUCUGAACACCUUGAAACAUAAUGUCUACUGAGGUCUGAAUACCAUGAAACAUAAUGUCUAAUGAGGUCUGAUCACCUUAAAACAUAAUGUCUAAUGAGGUCUGAUCACCUUAAAACAUAAUGUCUAAUGAGGUCUGAUCACCUUAAAACAUAAUGUCUAAUGAGGUCUGAUCACCUUAAAACAUAAUGUCUAAUGAGGUCUGAUCACCUUAAAACAUAAUGUCUAAUGAGGUCUGAUCACCUUGAAACAUAAUGUCUACUGAGGUCUGAUCACCUUGAAACAUAAUGUCUACUGAGGUCUGAUCACCUUGAAACAUAAUGUCUACUGAGGUCUGAUCACCUUGAAACAUAAUGUCUAAUGAGGUCUGAUCACCUUGAAACAUAAUGUCUACUGAGGUCUGAUCACCUUGAAACAUAAUGUCUAAUGAGGUCUGAUCUCCUUGAAACAUAAUGUCUACUGAGGUCUGAUCACCUUGAAACAUAAUGUCUAAUGAGGUCUGAAUACCAUGAAACAUAAUGUCUAAUGAGGUCUGAUAACCUUUAAACAUAAUGUCUACUGAGGUCUGAACACCUUGAAACAUAAUGUCUAAUGAGGUCUGAUCACCUUGAAACAUAAUGUCUAAUGAGGUCUGAUCACCUUGAAACAUAAUGUUUAAUGAGGUCUGAUCACCUUGAAACAUAAUGUCUACUGAGGUCUGAUCACCUUGAAACAUAAUGUCUACUGAGGUCUGAUCACCUUGAAACAUAAUGUCUACUGAGGUCUGAUCACCUUGAAACAUAAUGUCUACUGAGGUCUGAUCACCUUCAAACAUAAUGUCUACUGAGGUCUGAACACCUUGAAACAUAAUGCCUAAUGAGGUCUGAUCACCUUGAAACAUAAUGUCUAAUGAGGUCUGAUAACCUUUAAACAUAAUGUCUACUGAGGUCUGAUCACCUUGAAACAUAAUGUCUAAUGAGGUCUGAUAACCUUUAAACAUAAUGUCUACUGAGGUCUGAUCACCUUGAAACAUAAUGUCUAAUAAG